AUUUCUCCCCAAUUAUGAUACAAUGACAUUCCAAUACCAAAAGUCAACAUUGGUAUCAAAGUCCAGCAGCUGCACCUCUCUCUCUCUCUUCCUCUCAAUUCCUCUUCUUUAAUCGAUCAAAACUGCAGUCUUUACAGCAGAAAUUGGUUCUUUCUCUUCUUCCUCAUUCAGAGUUUCGAAAUCGAAUCGAAAGAUUGUUUUUUUUUUUUUUUUGCACUCUUCUUCAUCUUCUCCAAUUCUGAGAAAUCCAAAUUUCCUGUCCUAUGAAUCCCAAAGCAUCUCCGAAGGAACAACCGGAGGAUCCCAGCUUCCAUCCGGCACAGGCUCUUCCUCGGUAUGACAAGAAGGAAGCUGAUCUCCGGGAAAUCAGACAAGCACAGCCCAACAGGGAGGCGCAGCAGGUGGCGACGGCGGAGGAGAAAGGAGGACAAAGGCGGCAGCUUGCGCCGAAGCGGAGCUCCAACAAGGACCGGCACACGAAGGUGGACGGCCGCGGGAGGCGGGUCCGCAUGCCGGCCCUCUGCGCCGCUCGGAUCUUCCAGCUCACCCGGGAGCUGGGCCACAAGUCCGACGGCGAGACCAUCCAGUGGCUGCUCCAGCAGGCGGAGCCCUCCAUCAUAGCCGCCACCGGCACCGGCACCAUUCCGGCCUCGCUCCUCGCCUCCUCCGCUGCCACCAACCUCACCUCCUCCUCCUCCUCCACCACGACCUCCGCCGGCCUCCACCAAAGCAAGCUCCACGAAUUAGGGCAGGAAAGGGCCAACUGGGCUGCGUUUGGCGUUAGGUCGCACCCGGAGCUGUGGCUGCCGCCCGUCGACGGGUUCAACGCGGCUUUGUUCCAGUCGGCGGCGGCGAUGGGGGCCAUGCCCUUGGCGGCGAGUUUUCCGAGGGUCGGGUUUAACGGUUUGGAAUGGCCUGGGAGCAGCAUCAAUCCGAUGAGCUUCACGUCGCUUCUGAGCGGACAGAAACAGGCACUGCCCGGAUUGGAGCUCGGAUUGUCACAACAUCCACAAGUCGGAAUUUUCAAUCCUCAUUCCUUGAGUCAUUUCUAUCAUCAUGUAGGGCAGGGCAGCGCCGGUGCCGAUGCCGGUGCCGGCGGCGAUCACUUGCAGCUGCCGCAACAACAAGAAGAAGAUCAAAGGCAGCAAUCUCUCACUCCUAAUGAGAAUUCAGAAGCGUCAGAACAGUAGGCACUUAAAAUAUUGAAUCUGUUCUCUGUGUUUUAUUGCAAGUUAAUGGUCCAAGAGAGGAAUGUUGCCAAGUAUUGUUCUUCGAUUUGGAUUUGGAUUUGGUUUUAGAUUUUGGUUUUGGACAAAGAGUUAAGCCGCCAUCCAAUAAUGGUACAAGCAGAAUUGGAGUUGGCUGAUUUUGAGUUCAGUAAUUAAGCAAAACUAGGAGCCGACAGUUGCAUCAGCGGCCGUCGGCGACAACCGCCGUGUGUGUGUGUCGAGUUGACGCCUAGAACUAUCGACGAUGCCGGCGUUUUUAAGGAGGUGGGCUAGCCUGCGUCGCCGCGGUUCUCUGAGCAGAGCAGCUUUGCUCGCUGGACGCCGCAUCGUAGUCGACGAGCGUGUCGAGAACCGGCGCGCCAGCGCCGUCACAGCUUCGGGAACGAUGGCGUGGCAAUUUUGCUGACUGGGAUGGAUGCCACGUCAGCAUUUGAUGCCAUUGCGAAGGAGGUAGCUAGUUUCCAUCUUCCACCUCGCAUUGAAAUGCGGUUCUAGUGUUCUAGAUCGAGUCUCUUAUAACUGUGAAGUCUUCCUCGAAUAAGCAUUGCUUCAUCCUUCGCCAGCCCCACUGACCGGCACUUUCAUAGCAUUGCAUGUCACGGGUUCGAGUCGUGAAAAUAAUCUCCUGUAAUACAGGAUAAAAUUACUUAUAAUAAAUCUUUCUCCAAAAUUCUGCGCUA